AAAAAGCCAUUAAGGUCCAAAGGACAAGAAGAUCACAUACUAAGUCAGCCAUGGGCAAACUCGGCAGUUCCAGCCUGCAGCCGAGCGAGCAGGGUGUCGGAAACUUCAGAGAGGCAGAGCGGACCUGCUCGCCUGCCUGGAUGAGGAUGGAUAAGACAGGGACAGAGACGCCUCUGCCCACACCACACAUGAAAGGGAGCCUCAAGCCCACGCUGGUCCUGACCACUCUAAGCGCAUCCUUUGGCUCAGCCUUCCAGUACGGCUACAACAUCUCUGUGAUCAACACGCCUCACAAGGUCUUCAAGUCGUUUUACAAUGACACGUACUUUGAGCGGCACGGAAAAUUCAUGGACGAGCAUUCCCUGUUGCUCCUGUGGUCCUGCACCGUCUCCAUGUUCCCUCUGGGAGGCUUACUGGGGUCCUUGAUUGUUGGCCCGAUGGUCAAUAAAUGGGGCAGAAAAGGAACACUGCUGAUCAACAAUGUCUUCGCUGUGACUCCUGCCAUCCUGAUGGGAGUCAGCAAAGUGGCCCGGGCCUUUGAGCUGAUCAUCUUGUCUCGAGUGCUGGUGGGAAUCUGCGCAGGCAUCGCCUACAGCGCCCUUCCCAUGUACCUGGGGGAACUGGCUCCCAAGAACCUGAGGGGUGCAUUAGCGACGAUGACCGAGGUAUUUGUCAUCAUUGGAGUCCUCCUGGCACAGAUCUUCAGUCUGCAGGCCAUCCUGGGCAACGCCACAGGUUGGGCGAUCCUGUUGGCUCUCACAGGGGUCCCUGCGCUGAUUCAGCUUCUCUCGCUGCCCUUCUUCCCCGAGAGCCCCCGCUACACUCUGAUUGAGAAAGGGGACGAAGAGACGGCAAGGCGAGCUCUAAGGAGGCUGCGAGGCUGCAACUACGACGUGGAGGCCGAGAUGGAAGAAAUGCGCGAGGAGGAGCGCAAGGAGCAAGCAGAGGGUCGCCUGUCCGUGCUCAACCUCUUCAGCUUCCGGCCCCUGCGCUGGCAGCUGAUCUCCAUCAUCGUACUCAUGGUGGGCCAGCAGCUGUCCGGGAUCAACGCGGUCAACUACUAUGCAGAUGUCAUCUACACCUCGGCUGGUGUGGACCCCACCCAGUCCCAGUACGUGACAGUGGGCUCCGGUGUGAUCAACUUGGUGAUGACUAUCGUCUCGGCAGUCGCCGUGGAGCGUCUGGGGCGGCGGAUUCUCCUGCUGUCUGGCUAUGGCAUCUGUGGCUCUGCCUGUGUGGUGUUAACUGUGGCACUCCUCCUUCAGAGCACGGUCCCUGAGCUGUCUUACCUCGGUAUCGCCUGUGUCUUCGCCUACAUCGUGGGACAUUCCAUAGGCCCCAGUCCUGUCCCGUCAGUGGUGAGGACAGAGAUUGUCCUGCAAUCCUCCCGGACAGCCGCCUUCACAGUCGAUGGGGCUGUGCACUGGCUCUUCAACUUCAUCGUGGGCUUGGCGUUCCCCUCCAUGCAGGCGGCCAUCGGGGCCUACAGCUUUCUCGUCUUUGCCGCCCUCUGCCUCCUCACGGCCGCUUACAUCUACGUGGUGAUUCCUGAGACCAAGGGCAAGACCUUUGUGGAGAUAAACUGUGCUUUUGCCAAGAGAAACGGAGUGGAGUUUCCGGGCGGGAAUGACGUGGUGAUGGCCAAGCCUCACACACCCUCUCCGCCUGCCAAGCAAACGACCUUUUGACGGCUCUGCGGACCCUCACACACUCCGGCUCCUUUCUCUGAGAAGGACACUUGGGGACCAGAUCUUCUGAGCGGGAAACAGCUCUGAGACUUUGGUGUUCGCGUGUGGUGUGUGCUUGUGAUCUCCACACUGGACAAGCAGAGACAGGGUUCCGGAAGCUCACUGGUCAGCCAGCCUAGCCUGGUCCGGGAGCCCGAGGUCCCGGUGGCAGGCCUGUCUCCAAAAGCAAGGUGGACCGUGUUGACGGAAAAUGACAUCUAAGGUCAUCCUCGGGCUUCCAUAUGUGUGUACACAGAAAUGCUCAUGCACAUGCCUGCAUGUGACAUGUGACACACACACACACAUACACACACACACACACACACACACACACACACACAAAGCAUCUACAGUCAGGAUGCAGAGCCUGCUGAUGGCGCCCCAUUCGUCUGGCAGUUAGGAUUGGGUCCUCCCACUUCAGUUAACCUAAUCUAUACAAUCUCCCACAGACAUGCUCAGAGGUGGAUGCCCCUCUGUAGGCUCUGAAUGGUUUAUUACCAUUGGUUAAUAAAGAAGCUGAUUUGGCCAAUA